GCUCGCAUCGUAAACUGUGACCCUAGCCGAUUGUGUUCGGCACAGGUGAAGUAGGUGGCAACCAAAGACGUAUCGGCACCAUGUAGUACAGCUAUUCAUCUUCACCGAGCUGGUCCCCCCUUAUCAAGUUUCCUAUGCAUACAAUGACCAUUUAUCACGGAAUAGAGCCUUCCUACGUCGUUGAACAGUCCAAUUUUCUCGUGCCUUACAACGUGAUGUUGGCGUAAAUAUAUUAUCCUCUUUACGUUUUUUCCGAUCAUCCCCUGUCAAUUCAUUCCUUGGAUACUUUGACCCAGGAAUUCUCAACCUUGCUUCUACUCUGAUGGUCAUGACUUAUCUAACUUUGAUGAGUGGUCGCCUAGACGUCGGUACUCGUCAUGAACAACAACCAAAAAGACAAAUAUAACCCACAUACCACCCCGUAUACUGGAACAGGACAGAGCAAGGGUGGAUUAAUUCGCGCGAUCUCGGCGCUCCCGGCACCGCUUCCGGCCCCGGUAGCCGCCACGACAGCUAUCUCCCCAUUCCGUCCCUCACCAUCCAUACCGAUCUCACCGCCAUCAACGUUCCGCCUCUGCCUAACCGUACAGAUCCCGCCGGUUCAGUUAGCGAGCAAAAUUUGGGACUCAAUUGUCGGUUUUGUUUACCUAAAGCAGAGAUUCAAGGCGUUGAGGGACCCGAUACUGUCAACACUCGAUCUACCAGGUCGCCAUAACGACUUCGCGGAGGAAAUGUCCAGCAAGGAUACCGUUCUCAAGAUCAGCCUGCUUCACUUCGUAAAGGGCAACAUUCACGACGAUAUGGAGAAAGUCGCUACUAGUCGGGAAUUCCGCCCUCGUGAGCUAAACGAGCAGGUCAAGUCUCGCGGUGAGAGUGUUGAAGGAUUGACGAACGUUGAGGAAGCUAUCCGCGCAUGGGAGCCGGCUCAGACCAAGCGGGCGGGGGGUAUUCCUAGUCUUCCUUGAUCUCGCUGAUAUGCUCCAACAAAGUCCCCAUUCGGACACUCAUGGCAUAUACCUGCGUCCAACAACAUAUCGUAGUAUGACAUGUUCUUAGGAUAUUUAUUUUUGCCUCCCCUUUCUAGCACCAGAUAUUAACAACCAGAUCUGAACUUAAGACUUCGAGUCCGGAAUCCUGUGAUUUGUUCCUGGUGAACAAGAGUGCCCACUAUCUAGCCAAUGGCAAAUAGCCUUGCAAUGGCGAAGACAAGCCCUCGGACAAGAUAUAGUAUGAUUCACAGGUGUACACUAAGUAAUACGUUUAAAUACCCAGGUAGGUAGGAGAAGAUGAAUAGUCGUCGCAUGCUGUGGUUCCCAACCUGAUCCCCUUGAAUCUCUUUGUCAGGGAAGAACACCAAUUACGCAGAUUUCUUACCU